GGCAGGAGGGGGCGGGGCCUCCAGGCAUUGGGGAAAUGGCGGCUGAGGGCCUAAUCGCCUCCCGGUUAGAGCGCCAGGAGCGGGAGAUCCGCUGCUUGGCGGCCGAGAUUGAGCGCCUCAAGGAGCCGGGCCUGGCCUUCAGCGCUCCGUUGGCUUCUUCCUUCUCCUCCUCCCCGGAGCUGGAAGCGCUGCGGGCCGAGAACGAGAAGCUCCGCUACCGCCUGGCCCACCUCCGGAGGAGCCUCAGCGCCGAACGCGCAUGCGCCAAAGGAAAGGCAGGCCCCCAGCCAGAAAAGGAGCUAAGUUUCAUCAAAGAUCGGUUGAAGCUGUAUGAAACUUUGAAGAAGGAGCACGAUGCACUCCUUGCUUCCAGAGCAUCCACCCAAAGCAGACUGAUCAAAAUCACUCUGGCUGAUGGGAAGCAAGUCGAAGGGGAAUCCUGGAAAACAACACCAUAUCAAAUAGCAUUAGGAAUCAGCCGAGGACUUGCUGAUAACACUGUCAUUGCCAAAGUGAAUGGAGAAUUAUGGGAUCUAGACCGGCCAAUGGAAGGAGAUGCCAUUCUGGAGCUGCUUCCCUUUGAUAGUGAAGAAGCUCAAGCAGUUUAUUGGCAUUCUAGUGCUCACAUCCUUGGAGAAGCCAUGGAAAACUAUUACGGUGGAUGCUUGUGCUAUGGACCUCCCAUUGAGAAUGGUUUUUAUUAUGAUAUGCACAUGGAAAACAGAUGUGUAUCUAGCACAGAAUUUCCAACUCUGGAGAAUAUAUGUAAAAACAUCAUAAAGGAGAAGCAGGUUUUUGAGAGGCUAGAAGUCCGCAAGGAGGUCCUGCUGGAUAUGUUUAAAUACAACACAUUCAAAUGUCGAAUCCUGAAUGAGAAAGUUGACACGCCAACAACAACAGUGUAUAGAUGUGGUCCGUUGAUCGACUUAUGCAGAGGCCCUCAUGUGAGACACACAGGGAAAAUCAAAGCCUUAAAGAUUUUUAAGAAUUCAUCCACCUAUUGGGAGGGCAAAGCCGACAUGGAAACACUGCAGAGAAUUUACGGCAUAUCUUUCCCAGACAACAAAAUGAUGAAGGAGUGGGAAAAAUUCCAGGAGGAGGCAAAAAACCGGGAUCACAGAAAAAUUGGAAAGGAACAAGAGCUCUUCUUCUUUCAUGAACUGAGUCCUGGAAGCUGUUUCUUUCUCCCCAGAGGUGCUUUUAUCUAUAAUACACUCAUCAAAUUUAUCAAAGAAGAAUAUAACCGGCGUAACUUCACAGAAGUUGUGUCUCCAAAUGUCUAUAACAUUAAGCUCUGGGAAACAUCUGGUCAUUGGCAGCACUACAAUGAAAAUAUGUUUUCUUUCGAGGCAGAGAAAGAAACGUUUGCCCUGAAACCAAUGAACUGUCCUGGACACUGCCUGAUGUUUGCCCAUCGCCCUCGUUCCUGGAGGGAGCUGCCUUUAAGACUUGCUGACUUUGGGGUUCUUCACCGGAAUGAACUUUCAGGGACUCUGAGUGGUUUGACUCGGGUUCGCCGCUUCCAGCAGGAUGAUGCCCAUAUUUUUUGCACAAUGGAGCAGAUCGAAGAGGAGAUGAAAGGCUGCCUGGACUUCUUACAGUCUGUAUAUGCUGUGUUUGGUUUUACUUUUCAACUAUAUCUUUCCACAAGACCAGAUAACUUCUUAGGGGAGAAGGAAGUUUGGGAUCAGGCAGAGAAGCAACUUCAAAACAGCCUAGAUGAUUUUGGGGAGCCUUGGAAGCUAAAUCCUGGAGAUGGAGCAUUUUAUGGUCCCAAGAUUGAUAUUAACAUCAGGGAUGCCAUUGGGCGCUACCAUCAGUGUGCUACGAUCCAGCUUGACUUCCAGCUGCCCCUCAGGUUUAAUCUCACAUAUGUAGGGAAAGACAGAGAUGACAAGAAAAGGCCUGUUAUAAUCCAUAGAGCUAUUCUGGGGUCGGUGGAGCGAAUGAUCGCUAUUCUGGCAGAAAACUAUGGUGGAAAAUGGCCUUUCUGGCUCUCUCCCCGGCAGGUGAUGGUAGUUCCUGUUGGCCCAGCCUGCGAAGAAUAUGCUCAGCAGGUGUGCAGUGACUUCUUUGAGGCUGGAUUCAUGGCGGACGUUGAUCUAGAUCAGAGCUGCACUUUGAAUAAGAAGAUAAGAAAUGCUCAGCUGGCUCAGUAUAAUUUUAUUUUUGUGGUUGGAGAAAAGGAGAAAGCCGACCGCACGGUGAAUGUGCGCACGAGGGACAACAAGAUCCACGGGGAAGUUUCCGUCACGUCCGCCAUCGCAAAACUGAAGACGUUGAAGGCUCUGCACACUUUACACGCAGAAGAAGAAUUCUAGUCCUUACUCGUCUGUCUGAAACAUUUCUAUGUGGAAAUAAAUCCCACUCUUGUUUUUUAGCAAAUUGGCUUCUGUACUCCGCAAUUCAAUCUAGGAGAAUGUUAUUUAUACAUGCCAUUGCUGCUAUUGACUAAUAAGGAGAGCAAGGAACCCUUGAAAUAGAAUAUUUAUGGUCAUGUAGACAAAAGUAUUUCGAUCCUGUUUGAGCCAUUGUACUUUAAGAUAGAGACUUUAAUGUUUUCAAUGCCUUGCCACCAGGUUUGGUUGCUGAAUGAGCCCAGCAUCCAGCCAAAUCCUUUGCCUUUCAGUUAAUGUCAAAUUCUAUACCAUUCGGGGAUCUGUAGGCAGAUUCUCUUGGAGGCUUUUCAAUGGAUCUUUGAAGUGUGACAUGUAUGUUUUGCCUCUCCUUUUUGGUCCAAUAAAAUAUCCACAAUCA